AUGCCCAGUGACACCCCGGCCUUCAGCAAGCCCCCGGACGUCGCGGGCCCGGGGGAUAAGGCGAACAGCUUCGGAAAGGCGGCGGCCCCCAUGGCGGCCGCCCCGGCGGAUAGGGGCGCCUCUGCAGCGGGGAAGAAGCGGCCGCGACUGCCCAAGUGUGCCCGCUGCCGCAACCACGGCUACUCCUCGCCGCUGAAGGGGCACAAGCGCUUCUGCAUGUGGCGGGACUGCCAGUGCAACAAGUGCAGCCUAAUCGCCGAGCGGCAGCGAGUCAUGGCAGCGCAGGUUGCCCUAAGAAGACAGCAAGCUCAGGAAGAGGAGCUGGGAAUUAGCCACCCAGUGCCCCUGCCCAGUGUCCCUGAGACAUUUGUUAAGAAGAACAGCGGUGGCAACUCUUGCCUCUCACUGGAAAGCAGCAGCCCAAUGCACUCGACCAUGACAGCAGCUAGUACACCACCAGAGGGACGGAUGCUCAUUCAGGACAUCCCUUCCAUCCCCAGCAGAGGGCACUUGGAGAGCACAUCUGAGUUGGUUGUGGACUCCGCCUACUACAGCAGUUUUUACCAGCCAUCUCUGUAUCCUUGUUAUAACAACCUGUACAACUACUCCCAGUACCAGAUGGCAGUGGCCAGUGAGCCUUCCUCAAGUGAGACAGGGAGUACAAUUGUAGGGUCGGCCAUGAAGAACAGCCUUCGAAGUCUCCCAACGACAUACAUGCCGAGCCAGUCAGGAAAACAGUGGCAGGUGAAGGGCAUGGAGAGACACCACGCCGUCAGCUCCCAGUACCGCAUGUGUUCCUACUACCCACCUGCUUCCUACCUGGGACAGGGGGUUGGCGCUCCCAUGUGCCUCCCCCAAAUCCUGACCUCUGAGGACAUCCCCUCCUCCUCAGAGUCAAAAGUGAGAGUGUUUUCGCCGCCCAGCAGCCAGGACUCCGGCCUGGGGUGCCUGUCGAGCAGCAGCGAGAGCACCAAGGGGGACCUGGAGUGCGAGCCCCCCGCGCAGCCCGGCAACUUCGCGAUGAGCCCCGUCCAGGAGGGCGGCGAGUAG